GUUAGGUUCUAAGGCCUUUCGCCAAAUAACAAAAAUAACUAUCAUAUGCAACUCAUCAGACAUCCAUUUAAUCGUCGAUCCUGAUUCCUCCAGCUAACAUGGCUGAUGAAUUCGAUCUCGAAGCACUCGUGCACUUGGAACAGACGUUCUACGACGCCGGGUAUACCGACGGCUUUGCCCAUGGACGUAUCCAUGGGCUAAUCGAAGGUCGAGCUCUCGGGCGAGAGAAGGGCUUCGAAACAUGGGAAGAGAUCGGAUUUUACGAGGGCUUUGCUACCACUUGGCAAGCGAUAUAUGCAAAACAUGGACACAAUGACCAACGUGCGGUACACCAUAUCAAGCAUCUACUUGAUCUUAUAUCACAGUUCCCACAAGUAAAUCCGUCUAGCGCUGCAAUAGCAUUGAUAUUUCGAAAACUGCAGCGCCAGAUUCGAUCGCGAUACAAGGCGCUGUGCGCAUCGCUCGGCGUAAAGCCUACCUUGAGGGCGGUCGAUGUCGAAUCCACUGAGGACGGUGGUGUUCAAAGUGCGGAUCAGCAGAAACAAGUGUGGAAAUUAGAAGAAGAUGCGAAAAGACCGACGAUGCAAGGACUAAGUUUUUGA